AAAUUCCAUAAAUCCCAAAAUCCUUCCAAACCCCAAAUUCCAGCAGCAGCAGUGAGAGCUCAGAAAUUAGGUAUGGCGAACAACGCAGACGUGGAAGCCGUCGACUUCGAGCCCGAGGACGAUGACCUCAUGGACGAGGACGGCGCCGUCGACGCCGAGCCCUCCGCCUCCCCCCGGGCCCCACCCCACAAGCUCAAGUCUGCAAUCACCGGCUCCGCCUCUCUCUCCGCUCCCAAGAAGACUAAAGGUCGAGGGUUUCGAGAAGAUCCCAAUGCCGAGCGCAACACCCGCCUCGCUGUCUCUGACUUGGACGGCCUCCACGCCCUAGACGGCCUCGAGCCCCAGCGAUCCGUCGAGGGAUGGAUUAUUCUGGUUACUGGAAUUCAUGAGGAAGCACAAGAAGAUGAUCUUCAUGCUACAUUUGGUGAAUUUGGGCAGAUAAAGAAUUUGCAUUUAAAUCUUGAUCGCCGUACUGGAUUUGUGAAGGGGUAUGCGCUUAUUGAAUAUGAGAAUUUUGCGGAGGCGCAAGCUGCUAUAUCCAGCAUGGAUGGAAACAGUGUACUUACACAGAUUGUUAAUGUGGACUGGGCCUUCACCAAUGGAUCCUUCCUUGAUGGGUCAAGAAAGAAGAACCCAAGACAACUACGAGAUCGUCGCUCAAGGAGUCCUAGGAGGAGAUUCUAAAGUCGCAUGCAUGGUAUUGUGAGGAGGUUUGGAUUUUGAGCAGCGAGUUUUCAUAUUUUAUCAUGGAGUUUAAGAUUCAGGUUGAUGUGUGCAAUUUUCACCUAUUUACGGAUUCAUCUCAAUUUGCCAAGGAUCCCUCAGUAUCGUUCAGCUGUGGUUUAUUAAGUACUUUUUAUUUGUUAACUGGUAUUCUCCUAUUAACAUGAGGCUGUUUCUGUAUUGUGAUUUACUUUCUGACUAUAAAGAUGUUAAGAUCAUAACUUUGUAAUUUUAAUGUAGAUCAACCUCAUAUCUUUUCAAU